CUAAUGUCGACGUUAUCGUAGUUUCUCCAUCUCCAUCAGCAGGCGACGGCAAAAAGUCUUAAAAAAAAAAUGGCUUCAUUCUUGGCACGAACGGGCGGUCCCCUUCUCGAAACUGUUAGGCCAGCGGCCGUGAAAAAGAUUCUUGGCCUGGCCCCCAUCGCCGUUCAGCAAUUAAGGAACCUCAAUGUCCAGGAGCAUGUCUCCUACAGUCUCCUCAACGAGAGCAAAAUCCCAACACCUCGCUUUGCCGUUGCCAAGAAUGGCAAGGAGGCCAACGACAUUGCCACAAAGCUGAAGACCGAUAACCUGGUUCUGAAGGCCCAGGUCCUGGCCGGAGGACGAGGCAAGGGAACCUUCAAGAAUGGACUCAAGGGAGGCGUUCGCGUGGUCUACGACCCCCAAACCGCUGAGGAGAUUUCCGCCAAAAUGAUCGAUCAACUCCUAGUCACCAAGCAAACCGGUGCAGCUGGUCGUAUUUGCAAGAAGGUGAUGGUUGCCGAAAGGAAAUUCCCCCGCCGUGAGUUUUAUUUCGCCGUGAUGAUGGAGCGGGCCUUCAAUGGUCCCGUCUUGAUUGCCUCCAAGGAGGGUGGCGUUGACAUUGAGGAAGUUGCUGCCAGUAGUCCCGAAGCAAUUCUGUACGAGCCUAUUGACAUCGGCACUGGUUUGACCUGUGAACAGGCUCAAAAGAUUGUGAAGAAAGUUGGCCUGGGCGGCGAUGGUGAAGACACACACGUCCAAAUGUUGAUGAAUCUGUACGAUCUGUUUGUGAAGAAAGAUGCUCUCUUGGUUGAGAUCAACCCCUAUGCCGAGGAUGCCAUGUCAGGCUGCUUCUUUGCAUUGGACGCCAAGCUCCGAUUCGACGACAACGCCGAGUUCCGUCAAAAGGAGCUCUUUGCCCUGCGCGACUGGACCCAGGAGGAUCCCAAGGAGGUUGAGGCUGCCAAAUACAAUCUGAACUACAUUGCCCUGGAUGGCACCAUCGGUUGCAUGGUGAACGGCGCCGGUCUGGCCAUGGCUACCAUGGACAUCAUUAAAUUGUAUGGCGGCGAGCCCGCUAAUUUCCUGGAUGUGGGUGGUGGUGCCACUGCCGAGGCUGUCAAGGCCGCCUUCAAGAUCAUCACCUCCGAUCCCAAAGUGCUCUGCAUUCUGGUGAACAUUUUCGGUGGCAUCAUGCGUUGCGACGUCAUUGCCGAAGGUAUCAUUUCCGCCACCAAGGACCUGAAUCUGAACAUGCCCGUGGUUGUGCGUCUUCAGGGCACCAAAGUCAAGGAAGCCCGGGAGUUGAUUCGCACAUCUGGACUGAAGAUUCUUGCCCGCGACGAUCUGGACAAGGCUGCCGAUCUGGCCGUGCACUUGGCGCAGAUCGUUAAGCUGGCCCGCGAAAUGAAGAUGGACGUUAACUUUGAAAUUCCCGAUGCCCAAAAGGGCAAGGGCGACAAAGAUGAUUGCGACAAAGAUGAAAAGAAAGAAAAGAAGGCCGAUGAAUGUAAAGUGGAACUGGUACCUAAGAAAAAGGAGAAAAAGGAAGACAUUUGCGAGAAAAAGAAAGAACAACCACCAACUGAAAAGGGUAAAAAAUAAGCGGGACGAUCGUGAUUUGAUUGAAAGUGACAGAAGGAAGCCAUUAUAAAAUUCAAAAUCGUUAUAUGAACUUACUACAAAGAUAACACAACAGGAAGUUUAUUUAUCAGA